UUCCAAGAUGGCGGCGACGUUGUACUCACGAUGUCUUUCUCUUUUCAUAGGUGUUUUUGUGCCAGAGGUUUGAAAUAAUCUAUUUUCACCGUACUAUCAGCAGGGUCACCGUUUCCACCUUAUAAUGGAAGCAACUGACACGUUUUCACUGGACGUGGCCAAAACUUCUUUUCUUUCCCUCUUAUCAAGUACUGAUCCCAGCGAGGUCGGAAAUUUCAUGGACUGGGUUAUCAAACACUGCUCUAGCGUCAACAGCGAUGAUGGUACAAAAGACAGCGCUAAUCAGUGUGAUGAAACUCUUUUAAUGCCAGGAGAUAAAAGGAUGAAAAAGAUUAUUAAAGACAUUAAGAAGAGAAUUCCACUUGAUGGAAUCAUGUCCUCAGAGAACAUCUAUCACCCAGAGGGAAAGGUGAUUUUAGAGUGGCCAAUUUAAUUUCCCCUGGGGGCAGAUACUUGGGUAGGGACUGGGUUGCUUCCCAAUUAGUGGUUGAAGGAGAUGUGCUUCUCUAGAUUAGAUUACAUUUUUAUGACUAGAUGGAGGGAGUAACAUGUCUAGAAUAGGGUGAUCUCUAUUAAAGGAAUGAUUUAUGGUCGUUUUGCCUACGAGUUGUUUCACCAACAUCCUGUUUGCUAGCAUCAUAAGUAACGUGUUAGGUCAGUUCCCCUACUUCCUUUUGCCUGAUCUUUGGCUUUAAAGAACAGGAUUUAAAUAUGUGUUGCACUUCCUUGUGUCAUGGCUAAAAGAAUGAGGGAUAUACAUGUGUAGAGCUUGUUUCGUUUCUUAAGGAAAACAACUAAAGGUGUUAGCAAACGGGACUCUAGUGAAAUGACUCUAGGUGAAACGACCAAAGGGACAUGGUCAGCUGAUGUAUAUGUGCAAGCCAUUAGAUACCAUUUCUUAGUCGAUUUGCAUAUCACAAGAUACGCAAAUCACAGUGCUUUGAACCAAACAUGAUAAAAUAAAUGAGAAAAAGAAUACUCAGGGACAGGUUUUCUGUAAAGUAACAAAGAUUGAAUGAAAUUCUAGGCAAAAUUAACGUGGAUUUUUGGAUGUAUUUGACCUGUAUUUGAUUUUAGAUCUAGGUAAGUUGUAAACACUUUUCAAGGUUGAAAAAUUAGUGUCCAGGUCAGUGCAGUCCUAAAGCUGACUGUGUCCAUUUAACUCUUCAAGGCUAGUGGCUCCAAAUAAAAGUGAAAGAAUUUGUAAUUUUUUGACAGAGUGGGGUUAUAAAUACCCUCCUGGGAAAACUCUCAAAAAAAAGUGACUGGGAUGCUCUUUAAUAAUUAUGUUGCAGGAGUGUUCCCUGAAAAAAAAAAUCAAUUUUUUAAGGGGAGGCCUGGAGAGGAGUUGGAUGUGCACAGGCUUGGGGUUUUAUUUCAAUUUUCUGACCUGCCGUCCCAUCCCAGAAAAGUACCAAUCUAAGAGGAGGCUUUACAGGCUUGGCUAAGGAGUGAAAAUUGAAAAUAUUCCUUUGUAGUUAACAGAAAAAACUCUUCUCACACACUGACUGCCAUUUGUCUGCCACAUGAAAGUGCCACAGCACUUUAUUCACAAGAAGUGUCAACCAUCACCACAGUUUACAAUGGACAAAGGAAAUAGAUGUUGUAGUUCAAUUUUUUUCUGGUUUAAAUUUUUUUUGUGACUGUUAAGGGGCAAAAGGGUGGAAAAGCUGUUACACAGUACUGCAAGAAACAAUAACUGAAUCAUGUGAUAUGUGAAAAAUUAUACCCUAUCUGAUGCUUAGUCCUGUGUGAGAGAACUUUGUUUCUUGCCUCUUUUAUGGAAGCUUAGCCAGCAAGAUUUCUCUUUCUUUGCUCAUAGAAUUCAGAUUGUGACCCAUCAACUACAGUUCAUGUUGACUCAUUCCUGUACAGUGAUGAAGAUAUUGACAGACUUUGUGAUGAAGGCAAAAUGAGCCGUACCUACUGUAAAGAAUGUGGCUCUCACAAUACAGCUCCACUCAGUAAGUCUGCUGUGGUUUUCUGAACAGUGACUGCCUUAUUCUCACAUGUGUGUGCCUGAAUAAUUGUGGUCUAUACCUUUAUUCCAAAAAUUUCUAGUCUUGCAACAGGGGUGCCAUCAGGCAAGACAUCUAUGUUUUUGGAGAAACCCAUUUUCCACUUGUUCAUUUCUCAUAAUUAACUUUGUUUGCUCUCCUAAAUUUUGCUUAAGCAUUGUAUUCAGUUUCUCUUGGGACAACUGUUACUGUAAUAUGUAAUACUCAGAAGAAAUUAAAAACAAAGGUUGUUCAAAUAUUUUUGGGGGCAAACAAGAAGUAUUAUAAAUAAUUAUGGGAAAUGUGAGUUACCUUCUACAUGCUAGUAGGCAUGUGCAUAACUGAAAAAAUGUCAAGUCACCUGCAUGAGAAAAUAUUAAUUUGAUUUUUGGGAGGUGGAAUAGGGUGGAUGGGGAAAACUGUAUGCACCUCUACAAAAUUUCUUGCUAUGUUUAAAAAGGCUAAUCACUUUUUUCUGAUGUAGCCUCUUGUAAUUCUCCUCUAGCUUUCAUAUCCCACUCCAUGUCACUACUGCAGUUGCGAUUCCUGUUUGAAUCAGCCCUUCCAUCACUGCUAAGCAAUCUUAAUAACAAGUGUUUGGUGGACGUUGGAUCUAGACUUGGAGCUGUGCUUUAUGCGGCAAGUAUUUUCUGCUCAUUUUAUCCCCAGAAAUAAUGUUAGAGUUAGUUUGAGUACCUUUUUUAUUAUGGUAAUACCGUUAACAGUGGUGGUGAUGAUGAAGAUGAUGAUCAUCAUUAUGAUAGUGAUAAUGACCAAGGAUCAUUUUUAUUUGCCUUGAAGAAGCCUGAAUGUGUUGCUGAGACUAAUGUAAAUGGUUUCUAUUUUACUUUAAUGAUUUUUGAAACCACAACAUUUUCUUUCUUUUGUUAGCUCAACUCGUUCAAGUUUGAGGUGUUAAUUAACUGUAGUUGUUAUUUUUCUUCUCACAGGCAUAUUAUUUUAGUGCUAUUGAGAAGAUUAUUGGAGUUGAAAUCAAUGCGGAUCUGUGUGGCCUGCAACAGCAAAUAAUAGAAAAUUAUAGUAUGGCUGAUCGAGUGGAGGUAAGAGGAAUAAAUACUUUAUUUCAACUGUUGAUAACAUUACAACGACUAAUUCCUCAUUAGUUUUGCAUCUCUUUGAUGAAAUUGCAGGUCAAAUGUGCUGAUGUUUGCAACGAGCUCACACUCUUAAAAGAAGGUAAUCUCGACAACCCGAAAUUCUGAGGCAACUGAGAAACGGUCGGGGAUUUUAUAGCAACAUGUUAGUAUUUUAAAUAUAGGACAAAUUAUUUUAGUAAUAAUGCUAAUAUAAAUAAACAAGAACGUUCUUUAAAAAGCGUUGAGUUUUGCAUACUUGGAGAUUAGAUAAGAAAUGAGGAGGCGAUUAAUCUUAUACAAAACAGGAUUUCCUUGCUAAAAGUUUUUCACUUCCUACUUUAUUGAUGGUCGAGUAUUCUUCAGGAUAUUUUACCUAAACCCCGCCAUAGUCAAUCAAACAUUCUGCAAUCAAACCCAAUUGAACUCCAGUCGUUGGAUUGACUUCGAUUGGGUUUGGUAAUCGAACAUGAUCGAACUCACCCAAAACUUUUGCCAAUCGAACACAAUCAAACAAUCAGAAAGCAAACAGUUUAGCAAUCGAACAUAAUCGAACAUUCGGAAAUGGAAGCUUCAAAAAUUAUACACAAAUCGACUUUCAUCUUAUUUCAAACAAGGCGUUGCUGUUAACAAAAUAAGUUAUGUGUUAGCUUCCAUUACAAACACAAGUAUACAGGGCAGUUGUUGGAGAGAGCAGAGACAGUGUAAAAAGCAAACCCUAGCAUAAAACUAACAGUUUCAUUCUCCGAGUCUUGAAAAGGCAAGCGAGACUAAUUUGGGGAUAACGGGAUCUUCUUCCUAAAAGUCAGUUAAGUUAUAUUUUACUUGCUUCAGUGCUGUUUUUACACAUGUUAAGGAACAGUGGAUGAUUUCACCACAAUGUCCUUGGGGUUGGGGGGGGGAGCAGAGGGGGGUUGGGGCACUCAAAGGAAGUCUUGGUAGAUGUGUGCUGCUGAGGCCUUCAAACCCUGACCUCGUAGGAGACCUUAUUUUAUGACCCAGACAAUAAAGUAAUUUUUUAAACUGACAUCCUGGAAUAAGAUUUUUUGGAAAACAAAUUGUUGGUACCACAAAAAUGUAGACCACUCAUUGUCAAACUCCACACUCUUUUAAAGGCCUCCAGUCCCAAAGGACACACUGUUCAAGUUGUACUUGCAUAAAAUGAUUUCACAGUUUCCUAUUAUUUUACUUCUACAGCUGACAUUAUUGUUCUUAACAAUGUCUUUGAGUUUUUCAUGCCUGUGGAGGAACAAAUUAGGUAGGAAAACCUGUGUAGUUUGGAGAGAUUACAAUAGUUGCUGUAAAUACUUUGUAUUUUUUGCGUCCAAUUUUCUUCUAUUUCUUUGUGUGUCAGAACAUUAAAUUUUUACAUUCUUGUUUGUAUGUUGUGGAUUAACUAAGCUGAAGACUAUUCUUUUUAAGAAAGCUUUUUCAUUUUAGUAGACAUACUAUUAUGUAAAUCUUAUCAUUUAAAACUAGAUAGGGUUUUCUUUCUAAGGUUUUGUUUAAAAUGAGUCACUUUUCUUUUAAAAUAAUUGGGCACAUUUAGUUUGAGAUAAUGUACCCUAUUACUGUUAUUUUCGUCCACAAAAAUCCAUUAACUUUGUUUUUCAGAACUUGGAAGAUUCUAAGAGAGAAUGUAACAAAGCCUGGCUGUAUUAUAGUGACAGUACCAAGCCUUGAAGAAGCAACACUAUUUAACAGCAAGGUAAGAUUGCCAAUUGGCACACAGCGCUGGUUAUGUAUUAUUAAUAAAAUGUCUACACAAUGUUGCCCUCCACAUUGUUUUGGUAAGAUCUGCUCAUUCAUGAAGUCAAAAGUUUGAGCCCCUCCUGUCCAGGAUAUAGUGAAAACCCCUUUUUUAACAAAAUGGCUACAGGUCUAACACAUGUAACUUGAAUCUGUGAACAAAGGGCACCAAAAUAACUUACAGUUAGGGGUAGUAGCAGAUUGGGACAUAUUUGAAUAAUUUAACUUUUGUUUAAAAAAAUAGCAUUACCUUUUUAAACACCUCUAACUUUGAAAAUCAUACACAAGUUUUUUUUUUUGCCAAAAAUUACUUGUUAGAAGCACUCAAAUGGUCUUUCACACAGUGUCUAAGUCUUCAGUUAUUAAGAAAAAACUUUGCUUGCCUUUGGGGGAAAAAAUUCAGUAAAAACUAACAAGUGUGUAGAAGUUAGGGGGUAUAAAAUUUGUCCUAAAAAAUAAACUUUUUUUUUGGAGGGGGUGGGGCUUGUUUUCAAGAGAUUCGAUUUAAUGUUGUAUUUUAUUUCAUUUUUUGACAGUGUCGAACAAUAACAUUAAUUACAUUGAUUUUUUGCAGCCAUGUGUUGAUUUAGAUGAAUGGGUACAACCAUGUUCUGUAAAUUACAUGUAUCAUGUACAAGAUGUUUCUUGCUGUGAUGAAGAUAUGGAGGAGCUUCAAAACAUGUUCUUCUACCAAGUGAAAGUGAAUUGACUUAAAUACAACAAUAAUUGUUUAAUUAUUAUUAAAAAUAGAUUAUAAUAAAAAAUGCACUGACAUUCAGCCUGGCGUUUUCAUGGUGUAUCUUUCUCUUGUGUUACAAUACUUG